GACAGACAGGUUGGGGUGAGCGCGGCGCCCCCGCCUGACGGCUCCCGCCAUAGGCAGGAGUGGCCAUGCCGGGAGCAGACGCUGCCACCGCCUCCGAUCCUCGGGUUUUUCCGUCUCCUUCCUGUGGCGGCGGCGGAGGCUUCUGUGCGGCGGGGCCAGGGCCGCCUUCCCCCGUCAGCUGCGGCGGGCGGAGUGGUGGUGGCAGCAGCAGCAUGAGCAGUGGCGAUGCCGUCCGGAGCACAGCGGCGAGGACACGCUUGGCGACGCAGCUGCUGGCAGUGCUCAGCUGCGUCCUGACAGCGAAGGCCCAGCUCACAGGAGUCCUAGAUGAUUGUUUGUGUGACAUAGAAAGCAUUGAUGACUUCAAUACUUUCAAGAUCUUCCCCAAAAUACAGAAACUGCAAGAACGUGAUUACUUCAGAUAUUACAAGGUCAACCUGAAGAGACCGUGCCCAUUUUGGGCUGAUGAUGGCCAUUGUUCUAUCAAAGAUUGUCAUGUAGAGCCUUGUCCUGAGAGCAAAAUACCUGUUGGAAUUAAGGCUGGGAGCUCUAACAAAUAUUCGAAAGCGGCAAAUAAUUCCAAAGAACUGGAAGACUGUGAGCAAGCUAACAAACUGGGAGCAGUUAACAGUACUUUAAGUAACCAAAGUAAGGAGGCUUUCAUUGACUGGGCAAGAUAUGACGAUUCACAGGAUCAUUUUUGUGAACUUGAUGAUGAGAGAUCUCCGGAUGCACAGUAUGUGGAUUUGCUGCUGAAUCCAGAACGUUACACUGGAUACAAGGGGCCUUCUGCUUGGAGAGUGUGGAACAGCAUCUAUGAAGAAAACUGCUUCAAGCCUCGGUCUGUCUAUCGUCCUUUAAAUCCGCUGGCUCCUAGUAGGGGAGGUGAUGAUGGAGAAUCUUUCUACACAUGGCUAGAAGGUCUUUGCCUUGAGAAAAGAGUGUUUUAUAAACUAAUUUCUGGACUUCACGCUAGCAUCAACUUGCAUCUUUGUGCAAAUUAUCUUCUUGAAGAAACCUGGGGGAAGCCUCGCUGGGGACCGAAUGUGAAAGAGUUCACUCGUCGCUUUGAUCCUGCUGAAACAAAAGGAGAAGGCCCAAGGAGGCUCAAAAAUUUGUAUUUCUUAUAUUUGAUAGAGCUGCGUGCUUUGUCAAAGGUUGCACCAUACUUUGAGCGUUCAGUGGUUGACCUUUACACUGGAAAUGGCCAUGAGGAUGCUGAAUCUAAAGCUCUCUUACUAGAUAUCUUCAGGGAUACAAAAUCCUUCCAUAUGCACUUUGAUGAGAAGUCCAUGUUUGCUGGAGAUAAAAAAGGAGCCAAGUCAUUAAAGGAAGAAUUCAGACUGCAUUUCAAGAACAUAUCUCGCAUAAUGGAUUGUGUUGGAUGUGACAAAUGCAGGCUGUGGGGCAAACUGCAGACACAGGGCUUAGGAACUGCUCUGAAGAUCUUGUUUUCUGAGAAGGAGAUACAGAGCCUUCCUGAGAACAGCCCAUCAAAAGGUUUUCAACUCACACGUCAAGAAAUAGUUGCUCUUGUAAAUGCCUUUGGAAGGCUUUCCACGAGUAUAAGAGAAUUGCAGAAUUUUAAAGUUUUAUUACAACAGACUAGGUAAUGAAGGCCUUUGCACAACGCAUUAGUGAAGACCAUUUACAUGACUGCAUUGAGCAGAAGGAACCGAUCCUUACAGGACUCACAUGAACUGAUGAAAAUCAAAACGAACUUGAAUUGUUGAAAUUCAAAUUGUUGAAAAUCAAAACCAACUUGAAUUUAUGUUUAAACUAGGAAUGGUUAUUAAUUAGAGAAGAUAUUUAUGAAUGAAAUACAUAGUUUUAAGAUGUGUAAAUUAUGCUGGUCUGUUUAUUUUUUGAGUUUUCUGCUCACAGUUCUGUUGUACUGAAACUUGAUAAAUUAUAUUUCCUUGUCUUCCUGAGGCAGUUAUUUUGCAUGGAAGCAUAUGUACCUCCACCCUGACCUGGCCUGUCUUGAGACAGGUGGUUGACCUCUUGCCUCUCCUGAGUACUGCGCUUCAGUAUAUUCUGAGAAUUGGGUAUGACAAUUCUGGCUGUCCAAAAGAAAGGAAGAAAGAAAGAGGUCGGGGGGAGGGGGGAAACAAAAU